CGGCCAGCCGACCCUUUUUCAUACGGUGAAGAGCCGGGUGUAGUGUAAGCGUUGUUAUCUUAUUAUAUUAUAAAACUGGAGGAGAGAGACUCUGCGAGCGACGAAACGGGGGUAGAAAAUACUCGGGAGCGAGUCGUCGCGAUCGAAAUUUUUCGAAAAUCUAUCAGCGAUACUUGGCGAGAGGUGACCAAGUUGGACGAGAAAAAAAAUUGAACACCCACGUCAUCUAGCCGCAACACGUGGCGUUAUUUGACGCGCCGUUUGACAGCUCCAACUUCGGCGAGGUUCAACUAGAUGGCGUCUGAUGUUCCUAAACCUACCGCAACUCAUUGCCGGUUGCCAUGGUGGUUGCAUCAUGGCCGCGUUCAAAACACAAACGAGAGGUGUCAGGUUUGCAAAGUUUGAUCAGGUUUGACGCGCGUCAUAAGAAUUAAUGACAUCAGAAUUGCACGCGCACAUGGGUUUUUAAAACUUUUUUCUAACUGUUGUUCGUCCACUCGGAAUAACACAGUAAUGCCAAAUCGCGAUGGCAGCAGCGACGUGAAGGUAAAGCAUGGCAGUCGUAAGAUCUCAUUUGCAGAAAAUGAAUUGGAACCGAUACACAGGCCACCGCAGCGUCAUCGAAGGCAUCAUAAAUCACGCCACCAUUCGAGAAUUAAUGGUGAACUCGACGAAUCGACAGAUAAAAAUGGAAAGAGCGACGGUGUUGUACUGUCUAAAAAAAUUGGUAAACAUGCCAUGCAAAAGAAGAUAGAUAAAUUAAUUGAGGAAAAUAGAAUGUUAACAAUGAAACUUGAACGGUCCGCGGCAAAUUCUGAAAACUUAAAAGAAAAGGAUUCCGUAAUAUCAAAGAUUAGCAAUAAAUACAAUAAAUUGUUGAAGAAUCACGACAGUCUUGAAGAAGAAUGCGAGAAACUAAGUGCUCUUUUAGAAAAACAUGAAACAGAAUACCAACAGUUGCAUGCUCGUUACAAGAAGAUAUCGGAAACAUUGCAAAAGAUAGAGAGAACCAAUAACGAUCUCGUGAUGUUUAAUCAAAAAUUUGAAGCUGAAAAUACGCAACUGAAUGAAGAUGUGUUGCUUCUCAAAAAUGUAAUAUAUCAGUUGAAUACAGAGUUAGAAAAGUAUCAGGACAAAUUAAAGGAAUCUGGACAGAGAGUUGUGCCUAGAAGUAUUAAUGACGUAGUAGAUUUCAACAGGCCGGCAGAUGACGUUAAAAAGGUAUUGGAAUCGUGGGGUUCGGUGAAUACUCAUGUGCUAGGACCACUUUUGGAUGCGUAUCAAGAGAGUUUGUCGGAAAAACAGGAACUUAUAAAUCAUUACGAAGAAAAUAUCACAGACUUCAGCGCCAGAUGCAAAGAAGUUAUUGCGGAAAACGAGUGCAUGCACAACGAAAUGGAAAAGUUGAAAUUACAGUGUGCCAGGUAUGCGGAUGAAAUUAAAAUGAUAUCCGAGGACGCCGACUUGCUUAAGGAAUUGAACGAGUGUUACACAAAGCAAACUGUGUAUCAGAAGCAGAAAAUACACGAGAUUCAUUCGUUAUACGAGCAAAAAGUGGAAGGAAUGUCGUUUGACAACAACAGACUUCAUGAGGAAUACUUCACUUCUAAAACCGAUCUGAGCAAUCUCCAAGGAAAAUAUAAUGUCCUUGAGAAGGAAUACGAAAAGUUGAAAAAUGACAAUGCAAAAACAAUGCCCAUUGAUAUUCACAAUGCUACUGUGGAAGAGUGUAAAGAUCUGUUCGAGAAGUUGAAACGUCAGUAUGAAACUGAGAAGGAGAAGCUCUCCGCUCGUGUCAAAGAAUUAGAAGAGUUGCAAUGUCAAAAUAAAACGCAGCUGGACGUGAUUACGAUAGAAAAAAAUCAAUUGAAAACUUCGAAUAAAAAUUUUGAAAAAAAUUCAAAACGCAUGCAACGAAAACUCGAGCAUUUUCAGAAAACUACAGAUAUUUUGCGAAUAUCUCGUGAUUCUUUCAAGAACCAGUUAAGAAAAACAACCUCGUACUGCGAGGAGUUGUUCCACGAAUACGAGAGAGUAAUUGCCGAGCGGGAUAAGUUAAUUAAACUUUUACAUGAUACGGAAAAUGAAAAUGCAAAUAUUCACUUUCUCGGCGAUACCAUUACGCAACGAGUAGGUCACUUGAAAGAACAAUUAAAGAUCGUACACGAAGGCGCCAAACAACAAAUAGCUCUGACCGAGAAAAAUAUGAAGGUGCAGCAGCUCGGAGCGAAUCGAAUGAAAAACAAAUAUCUCCGCGAGGUGCAACGUCUGAAACAUCUGUUGAAACAAAAAGAAGAAACGAUCGGACGAUUGCAAAAAGAAAUUACUUCUGUCCGUGAAAACUUGGAGCUUGUGCGAAAAGCCACUGCCGAUACCAAAAACGCUAGAGGAAUACUGAAAAACGUCAAGAUUCAGCACGUUUAGCGCUUGUGUUUUAGAAAAUCGAUAAAAUAUAUCAUUCCGUCCAAGUAAAAAGAAUACGAUAUGAAAGCAUCACUGCCAAUGUAAAAACAAUUUACAUGGUCUAUAGUAUUAAGUAUUUUAAGAAUGUUAAUGUUUUACCGACUGUGAACGCGAAAACUAGUCAUUGUACUAGUCAUUGUACUGGUCAUUUGUAAUAUAGCAUGCAGUCAACAUAAAUACAAUCUUGUAACUUAUUACAUAUACAUACGAUUAUAUGCGUACAAUUUACAAUAAUAAUAUAGCGUGUUUUGGUUUUCUAUGUUUAACCGAACGUGCCUGGUACAUCGAC